GCUCUAGGCGACUUGAAACAGCAAGAACUACUCUCUGUUCAACUCAAACAGGCUCGCUCUUCUGGUGCUGUGAACAAAACCUACCAGGUGUCGCGCGGUGCUGGCUCCGCGAGACUAGAUGACCUAGUCGCGAGACUGUUACACCCAGCAGACAGAUGCCAAGGAGCAGGCCGUUAUCACCUGCGCUCGGCUGGAGAAUAUUUACGAAGUGGAGUUUUUGAGUGUGCUAACUAUUCCAGGGGAGGCUCAAAGGAAGCCACGCUGAAGAAAAGGACCUCGAAAACACGCGCAUGCGCACACCGCUUUUCAUGUACGUGCAAGAUGAAGUUUAAGCUGUUGUAACCAGCUAAAUACAGCACACAAGGAUAUUGUAAAAGCUCAUCUGCAGAGUCCUCAGAGUUAAUUCCAGCCCUUUGCCUUCUCAGUGACAGGCUGCAAAGGCAAACAUGAUGCAUUCACAGACACUCAAAGUUGCAUUGAUGUGGUUCUGUUAGUUAGCCUUGCAAUGUAUAGUACUUACCAUGACCAUGAACAUCGGAGGAGAAGAGAGUUACAAAUGACUGAUAUUGAACUUAGAGCCAUGGCAGCCGCUGCCAU